AAAUUGUGGUUUUGGCAGUGUGUACGCAGUGGGCAGGGAGACGGCUGAGAUGUUGGCCUGACAGGUGCCAGGGUUGCUGUGCGCUCGAUUGAGUGCAUCUGUGUCGGCCUUUCACCCUACCAAGCUUUUCUUGUCUCUUUCCUCCCAAACAGAUGAAUGGUAGGAGAGGAAAUUGAUAUGGAUCCCUGCAUCAAAUAAGCGGAAACCAGUGAGCAUGAAGUGAGAAAAGAGGGAAUUCCAAAUUAAAGGAUAUCAAAAGAGUACAAGAAAACCGAAUACAGAACAAGAGGAAAACGUACGAUAUUUCUCAAUGUCCUGCAAACACUCAUCCUUCAUCCCUUGAAGUCCAGGAAAGAGGAAGGGGAAAGACUCUUGUUUUUGGCAAAUUAGCAAAGGAUAGGUGAAUGAAUGGAUCCAAAUUGUAGCAAGGACGGAGGCCAAAUGUGGAACGAGGCUCAGAGAUUACCGAGGUUUAGUGAGCAUCAUAGAUCCAGCACUUUGGGGAAACCACAUCAAGUCAUGGAAGGAAGGCUGAGCUUAAGUGCUGGCGGAAUUCUUAGAAAAAGCAGGCGGGUGCAGAGUGGAGAGCAGCUGUCUAAAUGCACAGAAUAUGGGAAGAGCUUCAGCGAUGCUGGAAAUCAUUCUGGGGAGCAAAGAAAGGAUGCAGGGGAGGGAGCAAACAAAUGUAUGGGAUGCAGGAAGUGCCUUGAUGAAAGUAGAGGGCUUACUAUACAUCAAGGAUUACACACUGGAGAUGCACCAUAUUCAUGCAUGGAAUGUGGCAAGAGUUUCAGUGACAGUGGAAGUCUUAAAAAUCAUGAAAGAAUCCACAGUGGAGAGAAGCCAUACACAUGCAUGGAAUGUGGCAAGAGCUUCAGUCAAAGUGGACAUCUUACCAUCCAUCAAAGAACACACACUGGAGAGAAGCCAUACACGUGCAUGGAAUGUGGCAAGAGUUUCAGUGGAAGUGGGGCCCGUACCAUUCAUCAAAGAACACACACUGGGGAGAAGCCAUACACGUGCAUGGAAUGUGGCAAGAGCUUCAGCUGUCGUAGUAAUCUUACCAUCCAUCACAGAACGCACUCUGGGGAGAAGCCAUACACGUGCAUGGAAUGUGGCAAGAGCUUCAGCCAGAGUUUUACUCUUAAUGAACAUCAAAGAAUGCACUCUGGAGAGAAGCCAUACACAUGCAUGGAAUGUGGCAAGAGCUUCAGCUGUAGUAGUACUCUUACCAUCCAUCACAGAACGCACUCCGGGGAGAAGCCAUACACAUGCAUGGAAUGUGGCAAGAGCUUCAGCUGCAAUGGUACUCUUAAGAAACAUCAAAGAACGCACACUGGGGAGCAGCCAUACCCAUGCAUGGAAUGUGAAAAGAGCUUCAGUGUCAGAGGAAGUCUUACUAAACAUCAAAGAACGCACUCUGGGGAGAAGCCAUACACGUGCAUGGAAUGUGGAAAGAGCUUCAGACACAGUAGUACCCUUAAGAAACAUGAAAGAACACACACUGGGGAGAAGCCAUACCCAUGCAUGGAAUGUGAAAAGAGCUUCAGUGUCAGAGAAAAUCUUACCAGACAUCAAAAAACGCACACUGGAGAGAAGCCAUACACAUGCAUGGAAUGUGGCAAGAGCUUUAGUGGAAGUGGAUAUUUAACCAUCCAUCAAAGAACUCACUCUGGGGAGUUGCCAUACACAUGCAUGGAAUGUGGCAAGAGCUUCAGGUGCAGUAGCAAUCUUACCACACAUCAAAAAACACACACUGGAGAGAAGCCAUACACAUGCAUGGAAUGUGGCAAGAGCUUCAGUUUCAGAGGAAAUCUUACCAGACAUCAAAAGUCACACACUGGAGAGAAGCCAUACACAUGCAUAGAAUGUGGCAAGAGCUUUAGUGGAAGUGCACAUUUAACCAUCCAUCAAAGAACGCACUCUGGGGAGAAGCCAUAUACAUGCAUGGAAUGUGGCAAGGGGUUUAGUGGAAGUGGUCAUUUAACCAUCCAUCAAAGAACGCACUCUGGGGAGAAGCCAUACACAUGCAUGGAAUGUGGCAAGAGCUUCAGCCACAGUAAUACUCUUAAAAUACAUCAAAGAACGCACACUGGGGAGAAGCCAUACACAUGCAUGGAAUGUGGCAAGAGCUUCAGUCAAAGUGGGAUGCUGUCCACACAUCAAAGAACGCACACUGGAGAGAAGCCAUACACGUGCAUGGAAUGUGGCAAGAGCUUCAGUCAAAGUGGGAUGCUUUCCACACAUCAAAGAACGCACACUGGAGAGAAGCCAUACAUGUGCAUGGAAUGUGGAAAGAGCUUCAGAGGGAGAGGAAAUCUUACACGCCAUUAUAGAACCCACACUGGGGAGAGGCCAUACACAUGAAUGUAAUUUAGAAAGGGCUUCUGUUGGAGGGGAGACCUUACUGAACAUCAAAGAACUCACACCAGAGAUACGGCUUUCAAAUGCAUUCAAUGAACAAUAAAGGGAUCUUGCAUGCAGAAUGCAUGGUAAAGAUUUUAUCCCAGUCCAUGUUCACUGGGAAUGGCAUACUGCAUGCUGGUUAUGACAGAAAAGAAAAUAAACUUGCCUUGAACUUUCUCCCAUUGCCCAAAUUCUUGGUGCAUCUGCACUUGACCUUUUGUGUCCUUUUCUGGAUGCCCCACCUGGACAUGGACGUUGUUGUUGACUUGGGGUAGGACAAGAAAGACGAUUGGAAGGGCAGGGAAGGGGAGGCAGGGGCGGGAACAUUUCUCCAAUGAGGGUGACAUCUCCGGGGAAUUGUACUGUAGGGUAUGUAAUUAGUGUACUAUUGCUUUUUAAUUAUUUGCUCAUUCUGGUCUUGUAGAAGUUAAAUUUUAAAUCU